AAACUCACCACAAACAUACAGUUUUUAAUCUAAAAGAUAAACAAAACCAAAAGAUGAAUGCCACAAAGUUUGCUGUGCUUCUCGUGAUUGGCGCUUUGUGUGUCAAUAUCAGCGCAAGUGUGGUGUCCGAAGAGACCAAACUAGGCACCUCUACUCCCAAAACUGCUACCAAAGGCAUUGGAGCUGAGCUUGAUGUUACUGUCAGGACUGAUAGCUACUCUUCCGGCACUGGCUAUGCUAGUGUUACUCAAGGUCGCAAAGGUCCAAGAGCUGCUUCAAGCGGAAAUGGCUACACAAGUACCAGCGGGUUUGUCUUUGCUCGGGGUCCCAAGGCCGAGGCUUCUUCUACCAGUGGUUCUAAUGCUCGAGGCAGUGCUGCAGCUGCCGCGAAUCGCAAUGGUGCUGCUUCACGUGGAGACGGUUCCGCAAGUUCGGCAUCCACUGCGAAUGGCCGCACGGGCAGCAAAGGAAGAAAGUAUUGAGCUGUGAGGUGAUCAUGCUCAUUGCUCAAACCUAUUAAUAUAUAUAUGUUCUACAAAAUCAGAAUCUCUCUUUGUAUUCAUAAAUAAAACCUGAGAUUGUCUGUCACCUUUAAAUACCAUGAAAUGCUACUAUUUAUGUGCUGUAAUGCCUAUUUAAUAAAUAAAAUAAAUGCCAUAGUUACUACUUUAUAUGA